AUGUAACUGUAAGUCCAAUGCACUGAAAAACUAGGUUUCGCAUCUAACUCGUCAUUUGUAGCAGGUUGUUUGAAAGCCGAAUAUAACUAGAGAAGGCAAGCACCGAGAACUCAAGUGGGUUGGAAAUGGCUUCCAAUGCAGCAGUGCCGUUCUGGAGAGCAGCGGGGAUGACUUAUAUAACGUACUCAAACAUAUGUGCUAAUCUGGUGAGGAACUGCCUCAAAGAGCCUUACAAGACCGAAGCUCUCACUCGCGAGAAGGUCCAUUUUGCCGUCUCCAAGUGGGUCGAUAGCAAGCCCCAGAAAUCCAGUAUGAUUCGAAUCUUUCUGGAUCUGGGAUUUUUGAGAUGUGCUAUUCGUUCGGAUACAGAAGAAGAAUGAAUUCUGAUGUUUGGUCUUCUGAAUGCCUAAAUGUGGGAUGGUCUUCUGCAACAGUGUUUUCAUCUGCUUGUCUAUUUGGCAGAUUGAAAUUUGUUUGGUAUGUAAUGCCUAAUUAAAGACAAUGAUUAGUUUCAGGUUAUUGGUCUUGUAAUAAUGUAACUACUAUUGGUCUAUUACUUAAAAAUUGUCUUUUCCGAUCGAAGCUAAACUUUUGUGCUUUUAGAACUUAACGACCACAGUUAUCAUUGCUGUUUCGCAAUUGUUUAUUGUGGUUAGCUGGAAUUGAUGAAAUGUUCUCUCA